CGAGCAAUCCAGAUACCCAAUCCAGGAUCGAAGACCAAACAAUGGAACGGUGGCCGGCCUCCACCAGUUUGGUCUACCAUUCAGUCCCCGACCACGCCUUCGAGCAAGCUUCCGUAUCCCUUAGAUCUCCUCACCCAAAGGCCAAUUCAAUCACCCACCUCGACCCGCUAGCCACCAGACGUUUUUGAUUUCCUUCCAUACCUCAUCGAUUUCAUCAACCACAAUUUGGCCAGAUGGCGAAGUCGCAUAAAAAGGAGGCCACCCGUUUUUCUGUCCCAACGAACACGCUUGUACCACCUGAUCCCAGCAGCAAGCAAUUCCCCGACUUGACGUUUAAGAUCACAAUCACUAAAGCUCGCACUAUGGUCAACCAAAAGCUGUUCCAGGUUCCUUCGCCGGCUGAUGGCCGAAUCGACACAAUGUCUCAUGUCAUCCGUACUCGCAGCUACCAAGCGAUGAUGGCCCAAGGCACACCACAAUCUCCGCUGUUCAACCGAGGCUCCAGCCUGCGCUUAUCCCCAAAUAACUCACCUGUCAACGGACGCUUGAUCGGCCUAUCAACCACCUCAAUGAUCAACUUUGUUAACAAUGCUUCAGCUGGCCCGACUAACUCGCAGUCGUCUUUGGUCUUGUCUUUGAACCCACAUAUAAAUCCUUUGAUCUUUUCAACCCUUGGGUCUUCAUCCAAAUCUUUCUCUGGUUCCCCUUCAACCAUCUGCACUUCCCUUCCUACUGGGGCUCUUUCCAGCCGAAAUUCUCCUAACAAGAGACCCGCACCGAUUCCUGAGCUCUCUGAUGAUGAUGACAAAGAACUUCCUGUAGAUGCGUUUGAUGACCCUAGGAUUACCAUCAGUGCUGAAGCUGGCGACGAAGACGGUCCAGACGAGUUUGUAGGCCAAUGGCGUACCAGGUGUCGACGAGGUGAACCCCCCUACGAAACGCCCUGAUUUUCGCUGGUUCGAUGUGGCCGACUACCAGAAACAGAAAGAGUUGUUCCUUGGUGUUACACCUUCAAAACCAACUGCCCAAUCCGCUGAUGCCCCUGCUUCCGGUACUGUCGUUCACCAUAACUACUACGGUCAACCCCUAGGUCCCUCAGCCUUUCCAACCCCCCCUCCGUCCUUUCCUUUUGGCGUCUCCCCGAUGAUCACCCCAACGCCUGCGCCUUACAACCCACCCCAUGCUUCUCAGGUUGCGGCCCAGUCUUCUUGCUUGUCCCCCCCUCCUCAGCUCGCACCUUUCGAAGACUUCUUAACCUUUGCUGGCAUAAGCCCCAAAGCAAAGAAGACUCGGGAUAUCCUCGCUGAAGAGGGUAUAACUGAUUUUGGACGUUUGUUGGAUCGCGAAACUUACAAUUUUGCUACUUUUCGCAGUCUUGGCCUUCCUUUUGCUCACGCUGACAACCUUUUUAAGGCCGUUCCCAAAUAUAACCUUCACCUAAAGUCACUUUGAGAUAGCUACCAAACGCCUGUGUGGCCUAUUGUAUCUAUGAAUAUUUUCAAAAAUUUCUUUCUUUUAUUGGUAAUGGUUCCGAUAAAGAGAUCUAUAUCCCCUGAAUUUGUUUUCUAAUUUUGAUAUCGACCAUGUGAGCUGUCGAAUAGUUCAUACAUGUUUGCUCAGUCUUUGUUUAUCCCACUGGUGUCGGUUCGAAAAGUCGAAGUGGAAGACCGUCCUUUAGCUUGCAAUCACAAACCUUUGUCCUCCAGCGUUCAUGAACUUAAUGAACUUG